GGGACAUAUGGGGGACGCGCUGGACGAGCCUUGGUGGGAGCCUCAGCCUGGAACACACGCUAGCAGCGACAGCAAUAGCCCAGAUAAAGAUGGUUGUGGACAAUUCCUAUCCCGAUGGCUGUUGGGAGCCAGGGGGAAAACACAGAGAGACACAUGGGUGUGCAGAUCCUUCUGAUGAUGAAGAAAUGGAAAAAUCAACUAACGCAAGUAAACCAGCGAAGCCUGACUUGGACUCCAAGUCCAAACCUGCUGCAUCAAAGAAAAGAAAACAGCCUGCGGAAUGUUUUCUAACUCGUCCUGAGGAAAAAGAAGAAAGCACUGCGAAGGUGAAAAGGAGAAAGAAGAAGAAAAUUUCUGAUAUUCUUGCAAAAUCAUCUCCAAAACCAGGUGUCCCUGAAGACCUACAAAAGCUGCUUAAUCAACACUUCGGUACUAAACGUUCAGUGAUUGAACUAGAAGAGUUAAAACUGCCAGAUUCCUGUUUCCUGCCAGCCAAUGACCUCACCCACAGUUUUUCUUCAUACCUGAAGGAAAUCUGUCCCAAAUGGGCAAAACUUCGUAAAAACCACAAGGAGAAGAAGUCUGUGCUGAUGCUGAUUAUCUGCAGUUCUGCUCUCCGUUGUUUGGAGCUCAUUAAGUCAGUGACGGCAUUCAAAGGAGACUGCAAAGUUAUUAAAUUGUUUGCAAAACACAUAAAGAUAAAAGAACAGAUGCACAUGCUGGAGAGUGGUGUCAUCCACCUGGGUGUAGGAACACCUGGAAGGAUAAAAGCACUAGUAGAACAAGAUGGCCUUAGCUUGAACUCCUUGAAGUAUCUGAUUUUGGAUUGGAACUGGAGAGAUCAGAAGUUAAGGAGAAUGAUUGAUAUCCCUGAGAUAAGGAAAGAAACAAUUGACCUUCUGGAAAUGGGAAUUAUAAAGCUGUGCAGAGAAGAUUCUGUGAAGCUGGGACUCUUUUAAUGGUGUAACUAACAUGGAUGCAAUUUACAGCUGUAGUAGGCAACUGUUCAAUGGCUGACUGGAUUCAGUUCUUCCAUUUCUGAGAUGCUGUGUAUUACAAUGUUUGUCAGCUUCUGACCCUCUUAUAAUAAAGCAAAGGUUUGCAUGUA